UUUUUUUAACCCUAAAGAGACCUUACACCUGCCUAAAUAGCUUAAAAAUAAGCUAAAUUAAAAAGGGAAUUGUGAGACAAACCUCUUCAGUUUAAAAAGUAUUCAACUGUGAAAAAUUGCGAAUAGAUAUUUCAUAACAAUGUCUAAGGACCCUACAGAAUUCGUUUCUAUGAAAAUGAAACGGCUUGUAGAAGAGGCUUCUCAAGUCAGAUACAUUCCCGGUGGUGCUCUAAAAAUUUACUUUCGUUCAGCAAACACGUUGUUGCGACAGUCAAGGCUUUACAUGAAAGAGAAUGACUUAGUGAACGCAUAUAAAUUCUAUAUGAGAUAUGCCACUCUGGCCAUUGAGAAACUGCCGAGUCAUCCAGACUAUAAAAAGCCAGAACAUAAGGCUGGACGAAAUGAAUUACUUAAAAAUACAAAGGAGGUGCUUAAUGAAAUCGCAGCUUUAAAACCUAUAUUAGAAGAUCGUUUUAGACAAAUAGCUGAAAAGGAAAUUGCUGAAGACGAAGCCCGGUAUCGGUCCAUGCAAAAACCCGAAAGCUCACCUCGUCCGCUACCUCCAUUGCAACAAACUUACGUCCCUUAUGAAAAUUGGAAUUUGGCUGAGCAGUUGAAAGAUUUACCGUCAAAUAAAUUCACUUACAAUAAUAACUCUAUACAUGAGGAACAGUCUUAUCGUUCGGUUGAAUAUCCUGGAAUUUCAAUGCGAAAUCAAAGUGAUGGAUAUACUUAUCCGUCUGUGGAAAUGCCAACUAUUGGAAUAUCUACUUCUACACAAAUUAAAUAUUCACCAGAAUUGCCUCCUAAAGUGAAAUAUGAACCCCCACAACUUCCACCGAAACCAAAUGAAUAUAUGUCGACAACUUACAAUUCGACAGUUCCAUAUAAUAUUCCUAAUGUUGAAUCUAUUCAUAAAAGUGAACCAGAAUUUGCCGCUUUCACCGAGGGCGGUGAAGGUCUUCGAAAAGUACGUCUUUCAAGUGAUAUAUAUGAAAACUUUACUAAAAUUGCUGCCAAAAACACUUUAAAGAAUCUAGAAACAUGUGGAGUUCUGUUUGGAAGCUUAGCAAGAAACGUAUUUUCUAUCAGUACAUUAAUUAUUCCUAAGCAAACUGCUACUUCAGAUACAUGUACUAUGACGAAUGAAGAAGAAUUAAUAGAUUAUGCCGAAGAAAGAGGUUUAAUAAUGUUAGGGUGGAUACAUACGCAUCCAUCACAAACUUGUUUUAUGAGUUCGAUGGAUUUACAUACACACUCUUCAUAUCAAGUUAUUUCUCCAGAAGCAAUUGCUAUUGUGUGUGCACCGAGCUUUGGGAUCUUUCGAUUAACUAAUCCACCAGGAUUACAGAUUGUUCUUGGAUGCACAGAAAGAGGAUUUCAUCCUCAUAAAUCUGAUUUACCUAUUGACAAAAAUAUUGUGGACCAAGGUCAUGUUAUUUUAGAAAAAAAUAUGGAACUUAAUGUGAUCGAUUUACGAUAAAUUAUAAAAAAAAAACAUGAGGUAAUUUCACAA